AUGGAGUACACCACCCGAGGGGUCUGUGGGCAGGAAGGGUGCCGUGAGACUCGAUAUUACCUUGACAAUGGUCUCUGGUUUUGCCGGCGGGGUCAUCAGCAAGAGGAAGACCCCGAAGAUUUUGGGACACAGGGCAAGACCAGCCGUGUGAAGAAAGCUAUCUACCAGCUGAUACUCUGGAAACAAUGUCAUGCCUUGGUUCAGAGCCGAGGGUUUCCGGUGCAGCUUGAGGUACCCUGCAACUACAGCAUACCCGAUUGUCCAUGUAGAUACUGGUAUCUAACUCCUGAUGCGCAGAGUAUCGUCCGUGAUCUGUGGGCUCUUCGGUUAGAGAGUCUAUCGGAUCGGCUCAAUGUCUCUGCAGAGAGUGAUAGAGAACCUGAACUCUUCAGUUCUCAGCCUGCCGCGUCCUUCGACAAACAAGAGGAUGCUUAUAGACCCAGUGGGAGGGCUACUCAAUGGCCUCGAUUAAUUGACACAAUUGGACUCUGCUAUCUCGGUUGCCUGCUGAUGAGGCUUCCGGUCACUGUUGGAGAACUACAUCGAAUGAUCAUGCGAGAAGAUGUUCCUUUUAUCAGGGUCCUCAGGUCGAUUCCGCGGGAGAUGAGAGAUAAGCUACCGCAAGAGUAUCUCUCUCUGCUGGAAACUACUAGACUGAUCAAGGCGGAACAUCUUCACAAAGCCACACUUGAACUAUCAUUGCUAUACCGCAUAAAAUUUGGUGUUCAGCUUCCCCCUCUAAACACACCGGCUCUACUAUAUCGCUAUAUCAGGCGCCUUGCGCUUCCAGUCGAGAUAUAUCCCGCCGUCAAGAGGAUACAAAGCCUCCUAGGCUUUAAGUUUGAAUUUCCAGCAAGUAUACUGGGCAAAAGACGGCCGCUUCACCUGCCUGAGGUACAAAUUAUCACCCUCGUUGUCAUUUCUACUAAACUAUUCUUUCCAUUUGACGACAUCAAGAGAUACCCUGUGUCGGUACGGGAACCCAGUGCACAGGUGCUCGAUUGGGAGCUCUGGUCACAGGUCCAAAGACAUUUUGAUAGCCGAGAGACGGUUGGAGGACGUAUUGGGAAAGGAAAUGAGAUAUUGAUCACCGAGAAAGAUGUUUUCAACAUGUCACCGGCUCAGCUGGAUGAAUAUAUGGAUUGGUAUGAGAACAGCUGGCUGGACCACAGCAAAAUGGAAGAUGAUCAUGAAGCUAUGCACACGAUGUUACAGACAGUCAUUCGCCAACUGAAACCCAGAAAAGCUAUACCGGAUCUUGAAUCUGAUGUCGCUCGUCCAGGAUCUUUCUAUCCCCGCUACCGGACCGAGUCAGACCUGCCAGAGACGGCAAGGUCCUUCUACGAAACUGCUGCCAAGGUGGCAGGAAUCUCAUUAUCUACACUCGUCAGGGCCGUAUCACAAACCGAGGCCAAGCUCUCCCGAUGGUUGGAUGAUCAGAGGAGGACCGAGUACCACGGAGAUUCAAUGGAGAUGGAUAUAAAUGACGACGCAAGCACAGAUGAUAUGGAGGCGAUUGGGGCCCAAGACAUGUCUGACUCGAGUGACGAACAAUGA